AUAUAAACAUUGAUACUUGUGUAUAAGUGUUACAUGUGUGUGUGUGUAGUACUCUAAGAAGACCUCUGUGAUUUACACUUUCUCCUCUCUUUCCUCUGUUCUGACUUUUACCCUUUCACAAUGAUGACAAGCUCGCCCCCGGCGGUUGAGUCCGGUGAUGCCGCCGUGAAGAUCGUCGACGACGAUGGUCGGGAGCAGAGAACGGGGACGUUUAUGACGGCAAGCGCGCACAUAAUCACGGCAGUGAUAGGCUCCGGAGUGUUGUCGUUGGCUUGGGCACUAGCACAACUUGGUUGGGUGGCAGGAACCGUAAUUUUGGUGAUUUUCGCUAUCGUCACUUACUACACAUCCACUAUGCUCGCCGAUUGUUACAGAUCGCCGGACGCCGUCACCGGAACUCGCAAUUACACUUACAUGGGCGUCGUCCGAGCUUACCUUGGUGGUAUAAAGGUGCCGCUAUGUGGACUAGCACAGUACGUGAAUCUCGUAGGGGUCGGUAUUGGUUACACCAUCACUGCCUCCAUAAGCUUAGUGGCGAUUGGGAAAGCAAAUUGUUACCAUGACAAGGGACAUAAUGCUAAAUGUUCUGUAUCAAAUUAUCCAUACAUGGCGGGAUUUGGGAUGGUCCAGAUUGUUCUCAGUCAAAUUCCUAGUUUUCAUAAGCUCUCUUUCCUCUCUGUCAUCGCCGCCGUUAUGUCUUUCUCUUAUGCUUCUAUCGGAAUCGGUCUGGCCAUCGCCACUGUCGCAAGUGGUAAGAUUGGUAAGACAGAACUGACAGGCACGGUGGUAGGAGUGGACGUAACUGCGUCUGAAAAAGUCUGGAAAGUGUUUCAAGCGGUUGGAAACAUUGCGUUUUCAUACGCUUUUACCACUAUUCUCAUUGAGAUUCAGGAUACAUUGAGAUCAAGCCCACCAGAGAACAAAGCGAUGAAAAAAGCAAGUCUUAUUGGAGUCUCAACUACAACUGUUUUCUACCUCUUAUGUGGUUGCAUUGGGUAUGCUGCGUUCGGAAACCAAGCCCCUGGUGACUUCCUUACCGACUUUGGUUUUUACGAACCUUACUGGCUCAUCGAUUUCGCCAAUGCUUGCAUUGCUCUCCAUCUAAUCGGUGCCUAUCAGGUGUAUACUCAGCCGUUUUUCCAGUUUGUUGAAGGAAAAUGCAACAAAAAGUGGCCUGAAAGCAAUUUGAUAAACAAGGAAUACUCUACGAAAAUACCAUUACUUGGAAAAUGUCGUGUCAACCUCUUUAGACUGGUGUGGAGGACGAUCUAUGUGAUGAUGACAACAGUUGUAGCAAUGAUAUUCCCCUUCUUCAACGCCAUCUUGGGUUUGCUCGGUGCACUUGCGUUCUGGCCGCUAACGGUUUAUUUUCCAGUGUCAAUGCACAUUGCGCAGACAAAGGUUGAGAAGUAUUCUCGCAGAUGGUUGGCACUGUACCUCCUCAUAGUGGUUUGCUUCAUCGUCUCGUUUCUUGCUGCGCUAGGAUCCAUCGUCGGCCUAGUAGCUAGUGUCCAGGCAUACAAGCCUUUCAAGAAUUUAGACUAAUUGACUCUUCAUCUAAAUCCUAUCAGAGCAAUUAUUUCAAGCGACUAGUUGGUAGUUAAAUUGUUUGGUCAAAAUCUAUCUUUUUUUUUGUGCGAAAGUCAAAAUCUAUAUUAUCUUAUACUAUUUCCAGAUAAAAUUAAUUGUGAAAUAAAAUACGAAGUUUGAAUUAAGAAUAAAAUAAAACUACAAGA